UCUUCCCUGUUUUAUUCCUAACGACUACUAUACUACAGUUUCUGUUUUCGUUUUCUUCUUUCUCUCUCACUUUCUUUCCUAAAAGGAGUAAAAUUCUAGUGAGAGAAUCAAAAGCUAUACAAAUUUUUUCUAUUAAAGUUUCCACCAAUUCUUUUGUAUUGUUUGCAUUAAUUUUUGGCUUUUAGUCUUCCUUUUCACGCACACACACAGUGAUAUACUUAAAAGGGUUGCCGGAAAAUGUCCUCUCCGACGCCGGUAACGGCCCCUGCUCCCACUUCACCGCCUAGUAAUUCUACUUCUCCGCCGCCGUCAACGCCUGCACAGGCUCCUCCUCCGGCCUCCCCUACGCCACCAGCAACAGCUCCGCCGCCGGCAACUCCUGCACAAGCUCCUCCUCCGGCCUCCCCUACGCCACCAGCAACAACUCCGCCGCCGGAUACUCCUUCACAAGCUCCUCCACCAUCCACCCCGACCCCACCAGCAGCAACUCCGCCGGCUGCUUCAGCCUCUCCGCCACCACCAACCACCCCUGUUCCUCCAUCAACCCCGUCAACUCCUCCAUCUGGGUCUCCUCCUUCGCCGCCGUCCACCACUCCUUCUCCGCCUUCUGGUUCAUCACCCUCACCUCCGGCGAGAGGGAAUUCACCGCCAGUACCUUCAGGGAGGACUCCGGUGCCAUCUAGGGGACCGCCGGCGUUGUCACCGCCGCCGUCAGAUGGAGGGUCAAAUGGAAUAUCGACGGGGACAGUUGUGGGAAUUGCUAUUGGAGGUGUUAUAUUUUUAGCAGUGUUGAGUUUGUUGUUCAUAUUCUGCAAGAAGAAGAGAAGAAGAAAUGAUGAUAAUUACUAUUUUCCACCUCCACCACCACAAGGGGUCAAAGCUGAACCGCAUGGUGGGCAUAUGCAACAUUGGCAGCAAAAUGCUCCACCACCAGCGGAUCAUUUUGUUACAAUGCCCCCAAAACCGUCUCCUCCACUACCAGGGGCAUUACGACCUUCACAUGCUCCAGUACGUGCACCUUCACCUCAACCUUACAUGAACAGCACUGGGACUUCCUCCAAUUAUUCUGGGUCUGAAGUUGCGCUUCCACCACCUUCUCCUGGCAUGGCCUUGGGUUUCUCUCAGAGCACAUUCACAUAUGAGGAAUUGGUUCGGGCAACUGAUGGCUUCUCAGAUGCUAACCUUCUUGGACAAGGUGGUUUCGGUUAUGUGCACAAAGGGGUCCUUCCUAAUGGGAAAGAGGUUGCAGUUAAACAGCUUAAGGCUGGAAGUGGACAAGGUGAACGUGAAUUUCAGGCGGAAGUCGAGAUUAUUAGCCGAGUACAUCACAAACAUCUCGUUUCUCUUGUUGGAUACUGCAUUACUGGGGCUCAGAGAAUGCUCGUUUAUGAGUUUGUUCCGAACAACACUAUGGAAUUUCAUUUACAUGGAAAGGGAAGGCCUCCAUUGGAUUGGCCUACCCGACUGAAGAUUGCUCUAGGGGCUGCUAAAGGACUGGCAUAUCUGCAUGAAGACUGCCAACCUAAAAUCAUUCACCGUGAUAUCAAGGCAGCUAAUAUACUUAUCGACUUCAAUUUUGAGGCUAAGGUUGCUGAUUUUGGACUUGCUAAGCUUACUUCUGAUGUUAACACUCAUGUCUCCACCAGAGUGAUGGGAACUUUUGGAUAUUUGGCUCCAGAAUAUGCAUCGUCUGGAAAGCUUACAGAUAGGUCAGAUGUAUUCUCCUUUGGUGUGAUGCUUCUAGAGUUGAUAACUGGACGUCGGCCUGUUGACUCCAAUCCGUCAUUCACAGAAGAUAGUUUGGUGGACUGGGCACGGCCAUUGCUCACACGAGCUUUAGAGGAUGAAAAGUUUGAUGCCCUUGUUGAUCGCCGGAUAGAAAAUGAUUAUAACCAUAAUGAGAUGGCGCGCAUGGUUGCUUGCGCUGCUGCUUGUGUGCGUCAUUCAGCAAAACGUCGACCACGAAUGACUCAGGUUCUCAGAGCUUUGGAAGGAGCUGUCUCGUUAUCGGACCUUAAUGAAGGGAUUAAACCUGGACAUAGCACAGUAUACAGUUCAUAUACAAGCUCAGAUUAUGAUGCACUCCAAUACAAUGAAGACAUGAAGAAAUUCAGGAAGAUGGCACUAGCCACGAGCCAAGAAUAUGAAAGCAGUGGCCAGUACAGUAAUCCAACAAGUGAAUAUGGGCUGUACCCGUCUGGAUCAAGUAGCGAAGGCCAACGGACAAGGGAAAUGGAAAUGGAUAAGAUGAAGAAAGACAGUAAAGGAUUCAGUGGAAGCAAAGGAUUCAGUGAAAGGUCUUAGUGCAAGAACUCCAUUUCUGUAUAAUCUUUCAACCUAACUCUAUUUUUAACAUGUGAAUGGUUCAGCAAUUGCAUACAAGGGGUGAUUUACUUGGUCAAUAUACAGUUUUUUUUUUCUUUUUUUAUAUGAGAAAAGUUCUCCAUUUUGUAUUUAUAAUGUCUUUUACAACAGAGGGAUGAGUUAUACUGUCAAUUCUUUUAUUCAAUGUUUCAUUGAUAGCAUUGAUUAUUUUGUUCAUAUCCA